AUGAUACCCGGUAGCAUAAGUCUAGUCCAAAGUCGUCAAAGGGCUGCGGCCGUUGAUCGGAAAGCCACAACAAAUGCUAGCUACCAAGCCGUGGUCCCGUCGGUCCCAAAGGCCGAACACAAGCGCCAACCACACACGACGGAUCCGGGGGAAUGGGGGGAGCGCGUAUUUAAAUUUCAAUUCACCUCCCGCCGGCUCCGGUACCGAAACCUCGGCCCCGGCCCCUACCAGCCCGGCCGGCCGGCCGGCGGCGUUGACCUCAACUUUCAACCGGCCUCGCUAUCAGGAAGUGGCACAACUAGGCUCCGUGUUGCUAGGUACCUACUGGUAUCGGAACGGGGAGACCGAGCGAAUAACUCAAACAGCGCCGCCGCCGCCGGCACCGAUUUUCCACGACCCCGAGUCGUCGGCCGGAUCUCCUCUUUCCAACACGGCGCGGCCUUUGGCAAACCAUGUCGCACGGCGUAG